AUGUCGAUGUUUGCAUCUUUCCAAUUACUAGAGCUCAACCUAAUCUCCGCUCAGGAUCUAGCUCCGGUCUCCCGUAAAAUGAAGACGUACGCGGUGGCUUGGGUUCACUCCGAGCGUAAACUCACCACCCGCGUUGACUACACCGGUGGAGCCAACCCAACAUGGAACGACAAGUUCGUCUUCAGAGUCAGCGAGGAUUUCCUCUACGCUGACACUUCAGCCGUCGUGGUCGAAAUCUACGCUUUGCAUUGGUUUCGUGAUGUCCACGUCGGUACAAUCCGUGUCCUAAUUAGCAACUUAAUCCCACCAAACCGUCGGCCUGGAUACCGAACCAACGACGAAUACCGCCACACACCCCCUCCCGGAAUGCGCUUCGUAGCACUUCAAGUUCGCCGACCAUCUGGCCGUCCUCAGGGGAUCCUCAACAUCGGUGUGGGAAUCCUCGACGGUUCUAUGCGAAGUAUGCCGCUUUACACGAAUAUGGACUCGUCUGCGGUUGGUUACAGAGACUUGCUUGGUGAAGAUGAUCCGCAUCUGCAGCAUUUACAUCUCAACAACAGCUCCAAGAACCCGCAAUCUCCAAGUUCAAAACAGAACCAAUCCGUAGUCUCGAAGCCACCGCCUCCACCAUCGGUGCUCCGUCGUACGAUGAGUGACACCAGCUCCAUGGUUGUCUCCGAUCUUCUGAGCAGAGCAGAGCGUAGCCGUGUGGCUAAUAUGAAACCUGUGAGCGCAUUAGCAAGCAGCGAAGAUGAAACUGUACCUACAACAACAACGUCAGGACACCAUACAACGACGGAGGAUGAUUCCGUCGACUACGAAGCGCCUUACAAAACGCCUCAUAUCCCAGGGCAGAGAUAUGAUUCGUUUGAGGAUGAGUUUGUGGAUCAAUCAUCAAACGAGUUUGUGGAUCAAUCGCAAAAUGUGAUGCCAUCGAGAAACGAAAGAUACGAUCAUCACUCACGCAAGACAUCACGAAGAUCGACGCCGGUGAUCGAGAAACCAAGGCCGCCGAGAGACUACGAUCGCAGCAACCGCGCUUCGCCGUACUUGUCGAGGCACGGGACGCCGCUGAGAUCGAACAUCGUGGCAUCUACUCCGAUCAGAUCUAACAUCGUCGCAUCUAGUCCGAUGCGAUCAACGGGCGUUAGGUUGACUCCGAUGAGAUCUAACAUGGUUGUUGCAUCUUCUAGUCCUAUGCGAUCCACUCCGGUGAGAUCUAACAUCGUCGGAUCUACUCCGUUACGAUCUAACGUCAUCGGAUCGACUCCGUUACGAUCUACCUACUUGGGAACGCCGAUGAAAUCGCCUCUACGGUUCGGUACGCCGAUGAGAUCUAACUUGGCAGGGAGACUGAUUUUAACCGAAUCUGAGUUAGGUCCGUCGCCUUCGGAAGUAGCGAAUAAGAUGGCGAAGGAGAGAUCGCAAGCCAACGACACCGAGAGUUCGAUCCUGAGCGAGUGGAGCCUCGACGACGAUAGCAACAUCGAAGGUCUCCGAUCGAAACUCGAGCGGUGGCGGACGGAGCUUCCGCCGCUUUACGAUCUCGGAUCGAGUCACCAGAGCAGCAAUGUGAGUAGCGCGAUUGUUCCUGUAUCGGCGAAUGCAGGCGGAGGGAAGAGCUCGAGACGGAAGACUCCGACGACGGUGAAGAAGACGAAGAAGCAUAACCGCCGUCACACGGAAGGAGGAAACGGUCUUUUCUCGUGUUUUAGUAAUAUUUGUGGCGCGGAAUGUACUUUCGUGUGUGGAGGCGGGUCGGAUAAUGACGGGUCGAAAAAGAAAGGUGGGUCAAAGCGUUUGCCGCGCUUGGGCUCUGCUGAUAAUUUGAGUUAUGUGUGAUUGUUUUUUUACAUUUUCGUUUUUUUAAACCGGUUUAUAUUU